AUGCCCUUUAUUGCAGAGGCACAAGCAGCUCACUACACGGUAAUCAUGACGCCCGCCAUGCCACACACUCACCCCGACUACCUCCUCGCCAUCUUCUCCUCCCUCGUGCACUCGCCCGAACGGCAGCAGCUCCACCUCCGCGAAGCGAUUAUGGACGAGCCGGAUCUGCACUCGCUCUUCGUCGCACUCGUUUCCGCCGGCUUGACGACCAAGCUCGACCCAGCCUUCGCGCCAUUUCAGCUACGAACCGGCCAGCCCAUCCCACCGCACCUCACGCCUUCAAAGCCGGCAGAUCCUGCGGAAGUCUCUGCUCAAGACCAUCCAGUCGAUGUCGAGGACGAGGAGAAAUCCUCCAGACCCGCAAGCAAAAUCGGUUUGACGACUAGCGGCACUCCCGAGGAAGACGGAGGAGGUGCGGGAGGAGGGUUAGCUCAAGAUGUGGAGGGUGGGCGAGCUGCAGAGGGAGUGCAGAACGGAACGGAAGAACGGGGUGGAUGUGGCACGACGGCCGAGGCGCCCGAGGCGGAAGAGCCCGUUGAAGACGGCGAAGCCUGGGAGCUGAUCAGUGACAACGGCGGCAGUUUUGAGGGCGGGGACGACCACCUUUCCAGCCCGAGCACCGGCCGUAGCGUUUGCGACGCUCCCGUCAGCCCAGCCUCCCUCUUCUUCCGUCUCUCGAAGCUCGUCGCUGUCGAUGUCGUCGGGAUGAGCGACGGAGGUUACAUGGAAGGUCGUCACAAGAACUGCACGCCUUUACCUUUUGUCGCACUCGACAAAAACCCCGAGACGAUCGACCUUGGCUCGUCAACGUCUACCGCGACGCUCUUUCUUGAGCGACGCCUGAGCAGCUCGUACAACUACGACACCUUUCAAGCUCGCCUCUCGUUCGAGCAGUCGACCCUUGCCGUCGUCUGCAAAUUCGAUCGUCGCGGCUCGGACGAGAGCCUUCUGGAGUGGGAAGCGCAGAAAUGGCGCGAGGUGGAAGAGCGCGCCGGAGUCGAUGCGGUCGUGCCGCCCCUCGUCGGGUAUUUCGAACGAGCGGAGAAGGUGAAUGAGGUUGGCGGACUGCUCGUCACCCUGUGGCACGGCCAGCGCGUCGAGGACUUGCAGGCCUUGUCGCUCGAGCAGAGGCAGCGCAUCUACACCCUGUACGAGCGCCUACUGGCGACCGGUCUCGUCCACGGCCAAUCAACCACUCGCCACAUCCUUCAAGAUCAAAGAAUCGACCAGUUCCGGCUAUGCGACCUCGAGCAGUCCGAGAGGUCUUGCUGUACGGGAUACGAGCUCGUCGCCAUCGCGCACUGGUUGAACUUGCCGCGCAGCGCACCGACCUAG